AAUUGCUAGCUUAUCAUUUAAUCAUUUACGUUGAAAACUGCUUUUAUCCUAAGAACAUAUCAAAACUCUUCAAUGGCUGCUUCUUUCUUCCCUUUUCCAAAUUUGGCUAUUCUUGUUGCUUUUAGCAGCUCCUUGGUACUUGUUGCCUUUGCCGGUAACUUGUACCAAGACUUCGACAUAACUUGGGGAGAUGGCCGUGGUAAGAUGGACAAUAAUGGUAAGGUUCUUACUCUUUCCUUGGAUAAAGCUUCGGGCUCUGGAUUUCAAUCCAAGAAUGAAUAUUUGUUUGGAAAGAUUGAUAUGCAAGUCAAGCUUGUUCCAGGAAACUCGGCUGGCACAGUUACUGCUUAUUAUUUACGCUCAGAGGGGUCAACAUGGGAUGAGAUAGACUUUGAGUUCUUGGGGAACCUUAGUGGUGAUCCUUAUAUUGUUCAUACAAAUAUUUUCAGCCAAGGCAAAGGCAACAGAGAGCAACAGUUUUACAUGUGGUUUGAUCCAACCGCAGAUUUUCACACUUAUUCUAUCCUCUGGAACCCUCAACACAUUGUCUUCUAUGUGGAUGGAACACCCAUCAGAGAGUUCAAGAAUUUCGAGUCCAUCGGCGUUCCCUACCCGAAAAACCGGCCGAUGCGAAUAUACUCGAGCCUUUGGAACGCGGAAAAUUGGGCGACAAGAGGUGGACUUGUGAAGACAGAUUGGAGCCAAGCUCCUUUCACUGCUUCCUACAGGAGCUUCAAUGCCGAUCAGGCUUGUGUCUGGUCUUCUGGCUCCUCUUCUUGCAGCUCAAACUCUAACAAGAACUCCAACAAUUCAAGCUCUGUCUUGCUCUCACAAGAACUGGACUCCACAGGCCAGGAAAGGCUCAAAUGGGUGCAGAAGAAUUACAUGAUUUACAAUUAUUGCUCGGACACAAAACGAUUCCCACAAGGCCUCCCUCCAGAAUGCACAGCAGCCAAAACAUCCUAGAGUUGAAGUACUACCCAUAUUUAAUAGUAUUAUCAUAUGUACACAUUAAACAUUCUCGAGAGCC